AUGCACGGCAUGGAGUCUCUUGACCAGACCAUCAUGGCUACCACCCCAACUUCAUUUGACUGGCAAACACCACCACCACAUUUGAACCUUGAUACGACAAUACCGGCAUCAUUUACUGCUGAUGAUCUGGAUCUUGGAAGCUUCUCUGCUGGUGGCAGUUUGCCUUCCAUCUCUAUCAAUGAAUGUGAGCAUGCCCCAAACGUGGCAUCGCCGAAUUCAGACGUACCUUCAUUAGGCUCUUCCAUCGCCACCCGCGCAUCUUCACCCACCGAGAUGACCCCAACGAGCGCCCCCGCGCAAUAUGCUUCAAUGUCGCACCAUCUUUCCGGCAACAAAGCUUUUGCUUCACCGAUGGAGCCGCACACGGCACCAUCCUGGGAAUUCAUGGCUCAAGCAGGUAGCGGCCAGCUGAGGCCGAGGACGGAAAGCAGCAGAGGUCACUCAAGAAGAACUUCCGCGACCUCGCUAUCAGGUGGUAGCGAUGAAAACGCUAUGUCCCCGAUUCCCGAGGUGGAGGAUGACCUGCUCCCUCUGGCUCCCGCGCCUCGACUUCCACGGCAAGGUAUUUUCGCCGCAAGUCACGCCGAGAGCCCAACACCGGGUUCAUCACGCUCAAGCUUCACUGAUAGGAGCCGCGCCCUUGUGACCACACCUCUGCCCAGCCGGUUUGAGGCCGAGACCCUGACUUCGGAGUUUAUUCAAUACAUCGAGUCCCUGCAGUACCGCACGUACAACAUCUCCUCACCAAUUUUUGCGCGCCUGUGCGAAAAUGUGUACCCGAACCCGCAGCAGCCAUCUUCGGGUAUGGACAUGUCUGUUUCGAUCCCCAUGGCGCGUUAUCACGUUUUCCUCGCAAUGGCUGUAGCGAUGAAAUUGCGCAUUCGCGAUUCUCCAGAGAGCACCAAUGCGCUUCUCGACACCUGCUACGAGCUGGCAAUGCAGCAGGCCACGAACUCGACUUUUUGGCAAGAGCAAGGUGGACUUGAAGCUACCCAGCUUCUGACGGUGUUCGCCUCGAUUCGCAAGACUGCCCACGAGGAUCCUAGGCCUCUGCAGCACUCGUUCAGCUGGUGA